UUGAAACCAAAACAUUACCUAAAAGAAUAUUGUGUUGAUAUUUGCUACGUGUGAUCAAUAGCUUUCUGUUAUGAUUACGUGUCCUCUUUUCAGAUUUACGUCUGAAUAGGAAGAAAAUUUAUUCAUCACUUCCUCAACAUUGCCUUUUGGUUGGCAAUCGGCGCACCUUUUUUUUUUAUGUAAUGAAAGAUGUCUAUGAUCCUGCGAGCUUCGAGCCUACUACGAAGAGGGAAAACUGCCUUUUCAGCCGCUAAGCUUUCAUCUGUUUCGACGAGAUCACGAAAGAGUUUGUCUGCAUCGUUGGUACUAGAGGAUGGAACUCACCUGAAAGGAUAUUCCUUUGGUCAUAGCAAAUCUACAUCUGGGGAAGUGGUCUUUAAUACUGGUCUGACUGGGUACCCUGAAGCCCUCACAGAUCCAAGUUACAGAGGACAGAUACUGACCUUGACUUAUCCUAUAGUGGGUAAUUAUGGUGUGCCAAGCACAAAAGAAAGAGAUAAAUAUGGAUUAUUAAAACAUGUGGAAUCAGAAAAUAUACAGGUGUCUGGAUUGCUUGUUCAGGAUUAUUCUCAUAAUUAUAGUCACUGGAAUGCGGUGAAGUCACUUUCAGAAUGGUUGCAGGAAGAAAAGAUUCCAGCCUUGUAUGGAGUAGAUACAAGAAUGUUGACCAAGAUUAUAAGAGACAAGGGAACCAUUCUUGGUAAAAUAGAAUUCGAAGAUCAGCCUGUAGAAUUUAUUGAUCCUAAUAAGAGGAAUUUGACAGCUGAAGUUUCUGUCCAGAGAGAUGCAGAGGUUCACUUGGUGCCCUGGAAUUAUGAUUAUUCCGAGGAUAUCUAUGAUGGUUUGUUUAUUUCUAAUGGGCCUGGAGAUCCUGCCUUGGCAUGGGAUGCUGUUCUGAAUCUCCGCAAGGUGUUAAAGAAUGGGCGUAACCAGCCAAUAUUUGGUAUCUGUAUGGGGAACCAACUCACUGGUCUGGCAGCUGGUGCACAGACUUACAAGCUCCCACUUGGAAACAGAGGACAUAAUCAGCCAGUGAUAAACCAGCUAAACGGACAAGCAUUUAUAACCUCCCAAAAUCAUGGAUAUGCAAUUGAUGAGAAAACUCUCCCUUCAGAUUGGAAAUCACUGUUUAUUAAUGCCAAUGACAACACAAAUGAGGGCAUUAUGCACAAAGACAAACCCAUCUUCACCGCACAAUUUCAUCCAGAAGCAUUUGGUGGACCAACGGACACAGAGUUUCUUUUUGACACAUUCAUGAAUCUUGUCAAAGGUGGGAAAACAUCGGUGGACCAUGCUAUGGGGAGACCAUUCAAAGUUCCAACACCCCCAAAGGUGUCAAAAGUGUUAGUGUUGGGCUCUGGUGGUUUGUCCAUCGGUCAAGCUGGUGAGUUUGACUACUCUGGUUCUCAAGCAAUAAAGGCGUUAAAGGAAGAAAAUUUGAAGACUGUUCUAAUGAACCCCAACAUCGCUUCAGUUCAAACUAAUGCAGAAGGAGAGAAGCAGGCAGAUGUAGUGUACUUUGUUCCCAUAACUGAACAGUUUGUUGAAGAUGUCAUCAGGCGUGAAAGACCAGAUGGCAUUCUAUUAUCAAUGGGUGGUCAAACAGCCUUAAACUGCGGAGUUGAGCUGUAUGACAAGGGAUUGUUUAAGAGAUAUGGUGUUGAGGUGCUCGGAACACCGAUAGAGUCAGUCAAAGCCACGGAAGACAGGCAAAUUUUUUCUGACAAACUUACAGAGAUCGGAGAGAAGAUAGCCCCUAGCGUCGCUGUGGAAACGGAAGAGUCGGCUGUAAAGGCCGCCAAGAACAUUGGGUUUCCUGUAAUGGUUCGCGCUGCUUAUGCUCUUGGAGGACUGGGAUCAGGCUUGUGUGAAAAUGAAGAGAAAUUGAGAGAAGUCGCAAGACAGGCACUCAAGUUAUCAAAUCAGAUUCUUAUUGAGAAAUCUUUGUUGGGUUGGAAAGAAAUUGAAUAUGAAGUGGUCAGGGAUGCCGCUGACAACUGCAUCACUGUGUGCAACAUGGAGAAUUUUGAUCCUUUGGGAGUUCACACUGGUGACUCUGUUGUUGUGGCGCCAAGUCAAACUCUGUCAAAUGAGGAAUACCACAUGCUGCGAGAAACAGCCCUAAAGGUUGUGCGCCAUCUUGGUAUAAUUGGUGAAUGUAACAUACAAUAUGCUCUGCACCCCAAGUCUCUGGAGUACUGUAUAAUUGAAGUCAAUGCCCGUUUGUCUAGAAGCUCUGCCCUCGCUUCCAAAGCUACAGGUUAUCCUUUGGCAUUCAUUGCAGCCAAGCUCGCGCUUGGAAUACAACUUCCUGACAUCAAGAACUCCACAACAGAGCAAACAACAGCUUGUUUUGAACCAAGCCUGGAUUACAUUGUCACCAAGAUUCCUAGAUGGGACUUAGAUAGGUUCCACAUGACUUCCAAACAGAUCGGCAGUUCAAUGAAAAGUGUUGGAGAGGUUAUGGCGAUCGGUCGAACAUUUGAGGAGAGCUUACAGAAAGCUUUGCGUAUGGUUCAUCCUUCAGUAGAUGGCUUUGUGUCCAAGCUUCCCAGUAUGCAUCAGGAAUUGUCAGAUGGCAGACUUGAAGAUGAGCUUGUUGUUCCAUCAAACACAAGAGUAUACUCCAUCGCCAAGGCGCUUCACCAGAACUACACUGUGGAUCAAAUACACGAACUGACCAGCAUUGAUCACUGGUUCCUGCACAAAUUGGAUCGUAUUGUGGAAAUAGAGAAAGAUCUAAAGAAUCAGAAACUGGGAUCUUUGCAGCGGGACGACUUAUUGGAAGCCAAACAAGCUGGUUUUUCCGACAGACAGCUCGCUAGACUGAUAGGAGUGCCAGAAAACGAUAUGAGAAACGAGAGACUUAAACAAGGCGUGAGGCCUUGGGUCAAACAGAUCGACACAAUGGCAGCCGAGUAUCCAGCGAAGACGAACUAUCUGUACAUGACGUACAAUGGCGAUGAACAUGACCUGUUGUUUAAUGACAAGGGUGUCAUGGUGCUUGGGUGUGGCCCGUAUCAUAUCGGCAGCAGUGUCGAAUUUGACUGGUGUGCAGUGUCUUGUAUCAGAACUUUGAGAAACCUAGGAAUCAACACGGUCGUAGUGAAUCAUAACCCGGAGACUGUCAGCACAGAUUAUGAUGAAUGUGAUCGCCUUUACUUUGAGGAACUUUCCCUUGAAAGAGUCUUGGAUAUAUACCAGCAAGAGGUCUGCAAUGGUGCCGUGAUUUCAGUUGGGGGACAAAUUCCUAAUAACCUUGCUCUCCCGCUGUACAUGAAUGGUGUUAAUGUCCUGGGUACCUCCCCUCUGAUGAUAGAUGCGGCUGAAGAAAGGUCUCGUUUCUCCGCGACUCUUGACGAGAUAGGAGUGGGUCAGGCGCCUUGGAGAGCUGUUUCGUCCGUGGAUGACGCGUUGAAUUUUGCCGCCACCGUUGGAUAUCCAUGUCUUCUGAGACCUUCUUACGUUUUAAGUGGCUCAGCUAUGAAUGUAGCUUACGGUCCAGUUGAACUGAAAAAGUUUUUACAAGAGGCUGCCAGAGUGUCGCAGGACCAUCCUGUUGUGAUGACGAAAUUCAUUGAGGGCGCUCGGGAAAUCGAAAUGGAUGCCGUUGCUAAAAAUGGAAAGGUCGUCGCCCAUGCUAUUUCUGAGCACGUGGAGAAUGCUGGUGUACAUUCAGGGGACGCCACCCUCAUCUUACCUCCUCAGACAAUUAGUGACGAAGAUAUCGCUCAGGUAAAAGAAGCAACCAGGAAAAUUGCCGAAAAGUUUAACAUCUCGGGUCCGUUAAACACGCAGUUUUUAGCCAAAGAUAAUGAAAUCAUGGUGAUUGAGUGCAAUCUGCGAGCUUCGCGUUCCUUUCCUUUCGUAUCCAAAACAGUCGGCACAGACUUCAUCACUGUGGCUACAAAGAUAAUGGUGAACUAUCCUUUAGAUGAACACGUGCUGCCUGAUCUCUCCACACCCUUGCAGCCUGUUGGAUAUGUCGGCAUCAAGGCACCGAUGUUUUCCUGGCCAAGGCUGCGCGAUGCGGAUCCGCUUUUGAGAUGUGAAAUGGCAUCAACGGGAGAGGUGGCUUGUUUUGGAUCCACUGCCAAUUCAGCGUUUCUCAAGGCUUUGAUGUCAACUGGCUUCCGUCUUCCUAAGAAAGGCAUUCUUAUUGGUAUUCAGCAAUCCUUGCAGCCAAAGUUUCUCCCAACCGCCAACAAGCUUCGCCAACUGGGAUUUACUUUAUAUGCAACAGAAGCAACAGCGCAGUAUUUGAACGAACACAAUAUUCCAGCCCAACCUGUAGAAUGGCCUCUACACAGCGUUGGCGUGAACCCGACUGCUACAAGACUGAUUCAAGAUAAAGAUGUGGAUCUGGUGGUAAAUUUGCCAAAUCAGAACACCAAAUACAUCAAAGAUAACUACCUCAUCCGUAGAUCAUCCAUCGACUGUGGAGUCCCACUUAUCACUAACUUGGAGGUAGUGAAGAUGUUUGCCGAGGCUCUUUCAGAAACCGGCCGCAAAAUCGAUGCCACAUCUCUCUUCCACUACCAGAAGUCCUCCCAAAGAAAUGCAACGCCUUGAAACAGAGGUCAGGCAACUCAUCAGAUCUUCCCCUACCCCCAAGAAAGUUUACUAAAGAUUAAAGGCUCACUCCUGUGGACUUAAUAUAAUUUGUGCGAGAAAAAGUACCAAAAAUGGUAUAAUUCAAUAACAGUGUGUUCAGACAGAUAUUUGUGUAGGUUGUAAACUAGUAUAUAUUUAAGGGAAAAAUAAACGAGGCAUACAUAAUUUAGUGUUUUUUGCGUAUGAUAGAUUUUACUUUACGGUUUGUUGCUUGCGCAGCACUUUGAGAUUUUCUUUAGUCAACAUCGUGCAAAAUACGGAACAAGCAGACUAUUACUAAAAGCAUAGUGGACUAUGUGAAUUUACAAUACAAGCAAUUUGAAGUUAAUUAUCGAAAUAAAUUCGAAAGUGCAGUG